AUGAAAACAUUAAUCAUUAUUUUCGUUAUCAUGUUCCCAGUCGCGAUGAUAACAGAGGAAGAUGUAAAUCAUGGAGGUAAGGGAAAGUUCAUUUAAGAUGACAAGGGGGAUGAAGAUAUUGAAACUUGAAGCUUGAAAUUUUAGCAGCCCCCCUCGCUAGCGGUUCAAUUUUUUAGGAGCCCCCUCCUUGGUAGUCGAAAAAAUGUCAGAGCCCCCCCCCCCCCUCCUCCUUCAAUUCCUUUGCUCCCCUGAAAAAAGAUCGCUAGACUGUAUUAAAUAUAUUUACCGUUAUUGUCUUCAAUGGUUUAUCCUAUGACAAACUUGAGAUACAGUUGUGAUACAAUUUUCUAAAGCAUUUUUAGGAUGAACAAGAGUGUAAUAAUUACUGAGACUACAUUUGUUAUAUCUGUAAACCACGUGAUAUAGCUGAGUUGCACAGGUCAUUAAAUUGUUGAGUUGAAAACCAUCCGAUCUGUAUGAUGAUGUCAUGUGUUGGUUUUGAAGUAUACAAAUUUUCGGAGCCCCCCCUCCUAGCGCAACAAUUUUUUCAGAGCCCCCCCCUUCGGGUGUCUAAAAAUUUUCGGAGCCCCCCCUCAAUAUCUUCAUCCCCCCUUGUCAUAUUAAAUGAACUUUCCCUAACAACUAACAACUACGACAUCACUAACAAAUUUAAUUGCCCACCUGCGGAUUGUCGCCAUUUUAUUUCAGCACCCUGUCAAAUGUCCUGUCUCUGCUUCAUGCACAGAAAGCCACUUAAAAUUUUCAUUCUUACAGUUUCCCUAAAACAUAAUUCCGAGGAUUUAUUCACCAUAAUUUUUACAUCGUCCCUAAAAUUUGCAUGCAGAAUUGUUUUCAAUUUUUCCUUGGAGUAAGCAGUCGUCAUAAGAGAAAUUGAAGACAAUUUACUGAUGCAAAAUUUUUGGGGGGUAAACAAGAUGUUUUACGGGCGAUGUAAAAAUUGUGAAUAUGUUAACAACGUCUAAUAAAACAAAUAACAACUUCUAUUAAAACAAAUAUAAUAGUAUUAUAUUUGUUUUAUUAUUAUUUUUUAAUUUUACACUUCAAAAAUGCGCGAUCAACAUUUGGCAAGAUUUCUUUCGAUCAGUGUCCGUUCAUGAAUUGCUUUGCGCUAUUGUUUUCUUCUCUAAUGGAUUUUGAAAUAAAGUUGCUAUACAGUCAGCUCUCUCUUAACAAACACCUCUUUAGACGGACAACCCUCUGGUGUUGGCCCCUGUCAUUAUCCAGUCAUUUGACUAUAACUAUGCUCUCUAUAAGACGGAAACCUCUCAAAGACGGACAACCGACACUUUUGAAACCAUCAACGGACAAUUGAGAAGUGCUUUAGGUAGCGAAAAAUGCCGCAAAACGGAAAUGUAGGUGCACUACAUGACAGUACAAAUUGCAAUUAGGGUAAGCAAAUUACAUACCCAAAUAUAAUACGCGUCUUCUUACAGCGCGUAUCUUGAAACGGCAAAUGAAGAUAAACUCUUAACCUGUAAAACAGCUAUGUUCUCGGUCUUCUAGCUGAACUGUUUGAGCCUUAUGGGAACUUCAGAUAGUGACAUCAAAAACAAACUAUUGUAACCUAUGUACAAUAGAAGCCCGGUAACUCGAAUUCUGAAGGGAAACGAAACACAGUUCGAGCUAGCGAGGGUUCGAGCUAUCGGGGUCGAUUGAAAAAAUUAUGUUGCCAUGUUACGAUUACAUUUUUAAUCAAGGGAAAGGAAAUUUAGUUCGAGUUAGCAGGAAAUUCCAGUUAUCCGAGUUCGAGUUAACCGUGUAAAGAUGAUUGGAAAGUGGGGUGAAACUCAAGGGAAACUGGACUUAGUUUAGCGUUACUGUUGCUGUUCAGUAGACGCCGUGAAUGUUGACAUGUGUAUGAACCACGUGUGAUUGUACAAUGAGAAAAUGAUUUCACCUUUCAGUCCCUUUAAUAGACGGAGAGUCGGGACGGGACCAGAAGGUAUCUUCCUUAGAAAAAAUUGACUGUAUUAUUGUUAUUAUUAUUUUAUUCUUAUUAUUAUUAUCGUCAUUGUCAUUAUCAUUAUCAUUAUCGUUAUCGUUAUUAUUAUUAAAUUAGUAGUAGUAGUAGUAUUUUAUCAUCAUUUUCUAUUAUUUUAUUGGUUAUUACUAUUAAAUAAUAAUUUAUUACAAUUGUAAUAAUUGUUAUAUUUAUUAUUGUUUUGCAAAGUUGAUAAAAUGCGGUUAGCUUACAGAUUGAAAUUUUUUGUUCAUAUGUGUUACUGCUUUCCAGUUUGUCCCGUUCCGAUGAAUAAAGAAGAAGAGGAGUUUAUUAAAGAGCGGGAAAGGAACAGAGAACUAAUGGAAGAAAUCGCCAGAGAAAUUGAAAUGACGUGCUCAGGUAAGUUUAAAAAUGAAAAUAAAUAACAAUAUUAAAAACCUUGGAUGAGCCAGUCCUUCCGCGCGAAUUGCAGGCCCUUUUGAAUAGUUUAACCCUCCGGGACAGUUGGGAGUGUUCUAUAUGGAACAGUGCAGAUUUUACAUUUCUAAAGCCACUUACCCUUAACCCAUUAAUUUUAGUCUUUAUGCUGCAAAUACACUAUCUACAGGUAGCCAUUGUGACUCCUGAAGGAAAUAACCCACCCUGCCGAGGAAAGGUUGGCCACGUCCAAUACUCUGUCCAGUGUUGGUCCGGCCGGGGUUUGAACCCGCAACUUCUCACUCAACAGACCGGCGCUCUGGCUGACUGCGCUUAUCAGACGGCGGAAUUUAAAAAGAGUUGAGACACUGCUACCUUAUUAUCGAAAUCCUGACUAAUCUUGUGAGGGUUCUGAGAGUUAUAGACAAACAUUUUGGGCAAAAAUCCACUGCCAAUUUCGCUAUUCGCCACUUCUCUAAAUAAAAGAUAAAUCGCCACAAUUCCGAAAGGCUAUAAGUUGGACUAGAUAUGUAUAGAAUAAAAGAGCAAACAAGAAAACUCCCAAAAACGUUUGUGCUAGUUUUUUUUUCUAAAAACGCACAAAAUUUUCCGACUUGGAAUUUAAUGGUAUCAUUUUAGCUAAACUAUUUCAGGUCCAUUAGCCAUUUUGUAAGAAGUGGGUAAAAAUACAAUAUUUGUAGCAACCCCUUAUGGAAAAUUGUUUCGUUGUUAUUAAACGAAAACUUAGGGUGUGCUAAAUUGUGAUCAGUCUGUUACCAAACACGAGACUUAAGGAAGGAACGUUAUUGGAAAAAUUGGGGGCUUAUAUUAAAUGGUUGUGGAUGACGAGAAAUUUUUCCCUUAAAUAAUGAAACUAUAAUUAUGCAAAUUCGAAGCCUUUCUCUCAAGUUAUUAACCCCUUUCAAUUCAAUCAAACUUUUUCAAUUCAUGGCGACAAUUGAAAUUUAAGGUGCGUUUGAUUGCAUGGGAAAUCCGGAUUUGAGAUUUAAGUCUAGAUUUUAGAUUUGGCAAUCAAACGCGAAAUGCAAAACGGAUUUCACCCUCACCCCCCGAGAAAUCUUUCACCAAAUCAUGACUUUAUGGGUGUCCUUCAGGCGUUGUGCGUCACGACCCACAAAGGUUCAUGGGUAAAGCUGUUACUGUGCCUCAUUUCAGUCGUGACACGGUGGAGUUCGCAUCUCGUAAGAGAAAUGAAUCAAACCCAUAGAUCAAAACACUGCUGCCUUUUCCGAAAAACAUUACGGAAGAGAGCGAUUUCGAGAAUUUUCAAGAUCUCAUAGUGGCCUUAGAUGAUUGCUUUUGGCUUCAUAAGGCAAUUUCAAGAAGUUUAUCGCGAUUCGGAGACGAUCGUGCGAUCUAGCCGACUUUGGGCGGCGACUAAUUUCCUGCUUCUCAUAAGAUUUUAUGUACUGUUUGGUUUAUAUGUAUGUUUUUAUCUCAUAGUGAAAGAGAUCUGUAGUUCAUACCUGGAUUUUCUUAACUAAAAAAAAAUUCGUCCAUUAGAAGUGUUUGUAUAUUUGAUGGACUUUGUUACCGGCAAAGCAGGAGGAGCGCGUCCAAACAGCAAGGUGUGAAAUCGUCUCUCAUAACAAUUUUAUUUUCAUCGACAAGUUUAUUUUAUUCUGAAAACAGUGCCCGUUUGAAAUCCUUAUGCGCAAAUAAAUCUUCUAUCAGGCAAGGGGAAAACAGACCGAAAGAGCCGAACAGCUGCAGCACAAUCGGAAUUUCACCGAAGCUACAGCCGCAGAAAGAACAGUGAAAUAAACCACGAUCUUGUCUGUGCGGUCAUUGAAGUGAGCGCAGUAUACCGAUUUUGUUAUAAAGUAAAACCUAACCUCACAGUUUUAAAAUCCUGUACGAUGUUGUCUGGAUCUUCUAUAAUGGUUUUGUGUUUUGGUAGAGAUUUAUAACAAUUUAUUCCCUCACAUAAGUUUACACAAAGAUUUGCAUACACGUAGCACACACCGCAUGCAAAUUAUUUUACAGUCACGCUUUCAGUUUCCGCACUGGGUUAUGAAAAAUGUUUUGUUUCCAAAGGUUAUUACAAUAUUCAAACUUAUUUACCUUUUGUGGUUUAAAAUAGAACAAACUCUUCCUGGAUUUGGCGUUACUCGCUUCACGUCGGCUUCCGCUUCGGCAUGUUUUUCAGGGGCGGAUCCUGGAUUUUUUUUAGGAGGGGGUGCACUCGUCUCUUGCUCUACUUCAAAACCAAUAAACCACAUAGUUUUUUUUUUGCAGAAUACCAGGGGAGGGGGGUGCGCACCCCCUGCACCCUCCCCCUAGAUCGGCCCUGUUUUCUCAGCCCGUUUCCCGGGAGUUGUGCCACUUGGCUGAGACGAUGUCUUAAUUCCAACACACUUUCAACGGCUCAUAACGGGAAAACUAACAGGGGUAGACCUGGGUAGACCCCCAAAUUUGCAAAGAAGAAAGGUUGAAGUAACAAGAUGGCCAAAAUAAUUCGAUAAAACCGCUAACAGUAACCAGCAAUAAAUCCAAGAAGAACGGCAAAAACAACACUCAAAUCAUCACGGCGGCCUGCACAUACCGAGCAAUUCAAACUUGUCGCAAACGCUCAAGAAAGCAAAAUAUUUAAAAGUAACGCAACUGCUAUCAAGAUAAAGUGUUCCAACAACUUUCCACGGCGGUAUAGUGUCGAAAUUACCAACACAAGCUUGGAAUAAAGCGAAAAUUUCACCACGUAUACCUCUGAAAACAGCUCUUUCCGAGCCCGAAAAUCACUCUACAAAUGACGCAUUCUGAUUGGUCAAAUCUCGUGACGCACACCGCCUGGGUGUUCUUUAUACCGUUCUAGUUGGAAAAGCGAAAAAAGACUUGUCAAACUGUUCUCGUGGACAAUGUUUUUUUUUCUGCUUGUUAUGCGUGCGCGUGCGAGACAACUGUUCUCUCAAAACAGUUCAUAUCUUUUAUGGUAUCCCCGAUCUCCGCAUCCCCCCGCCCCCCUACCUGAAAAAAAAAGUUAAAAUUAAAAAUUAAAUAAAUUCAAAAGACGGAAAGAAAGGAAAACCAAUGACAGGCUUAUCUGCGUUGAAAUCCGUUUUCAGAUUACGCGUCGUUCGAUCCGAAUUUCAAAAAUCCAAGUCCAGAUUUCCCAAUCGAAUACGCCGGCCCUUUUAUCUUUAGAAGUUAGUGGUGAGUUGCCAUGGCAAUGGUUGCUUCUGAGUCUUUAUACUUUGACCCAUUUUUUUAAGUUAAAUUUUUCUUAGCCCAUUCCCCCACAAAACCCCCAAUUUUCUAGUUGAUGUUCAAGUUUCAUGUCUGAACACAGACUGAUUACAAUUUAGCACACCCUUAGCUUUGAAUUUUAAGGGUGCUACCUAGUUACAUUUGUUGGGUUCUUGGCUCAUGAACUAUUUCGGGUGCUCGCAAACAGGAGAAAACAUGUUUUAUUUCUCGUUAAACGUGAAUAAAGGCAAAACGUAGCUAUGAAAGUGAAACUUGCCGACUAGUAACAGCGGAGCUCAGACUAAACGUUCAGGGCGUAAACGAAAAAGAGGCAAUACCACUCGUGGCACGAAAAAUUAUCCCGCGCUGACUGCGGCAGUUCAAAAGCGCUCGAAAUACUAAUUAGCAAAGGUCAAAUUUCGCUCGUAUAGCAACCACGUAGACCAGCAACACCAUACGAUAACAGGCCUUUAAAUGCAACAUUUUUUUGUUUGGAGUAUUGAUACCAACGUUUUCUCAAUGAAUUUUAAUCAAGAGAUCAUAAUAUCAGUUGUUUGUGCUUACAGGAGAAAACGUCUAAGUCAAGGAAAUUCUUAACUAACUUUUUCUUGCUGAUUUGUAGAUGAGUGUAAAGCAGGACUACAUAACUGCCACGAUGACGCAUAUUGCACCAACACCAAGCUUUCCUUCACGUGUACUUGCAAACCAGGAUAUACUGGGGAUGGCGUCAACUGUGCAGGUAACAUAAUAUGGAGCUGAAACGAACAGGAUUUUAUCUUAAGUCAUAUGCUAUUCCAUGCCAAAAAUAAUACAGCCAAGUGGAAAGGUAGAAACCUGUUUUCAUAUUCAGUCAGUGAUAUUUCACAGGUUGUAUCUACGAAAAGAGUUUUGGCCUUGGUACGUGUAAAGUUGUGACCUCCAACUUUCCCACAGAAAUCAAUAGCAACGGAAAUAAUUUUAACCGCCAAAAAAAGUAUAUUUAAAGCCAACGCUGCAAUGUACGUAUGUUAAUACAGCAAAAAGGCAACAUUUGUAUUCUUAAUUUCACAAAAAGUAAUAAUAAUAACUGCUACAACUUAACUGGUCGAGCUUAGUGCCAGUUAGGCUGGAGAAACAAAUAGUGUGACCAACAUAUGUCUGGGACAGGAAACACUGAGCUCAAAGGCUUGGAAACAGAAAAAACUUGGGAUCAUCUUUGAUAUAACGAGAUCAUCUUCACUAAUGUACCUAACAAGGCACGAAGGCCAAUAGCCAGCUAGGCUGUUAGAAACGGUUAGGGCGCAGCAUUUAAGGUAAAGACGUGUUUAUUACGAUUGAGGCCGGGGUCUGUAGUAUUGCCAAUUCAGGACUGCGUCAAUCAUUGACUUAUGUCGCCACUUAAGGUGGCCCUAACCUAUUUAUAUGCGGGUUGGUUAGGUUUUGAAAUCGAGUUUUUUGGCAGCAAAAACUUAACCGAUUUGAUGAUUUUUGGCAUCCUUAAUAAAGAAUGGUCGAACUUUCAGAAACUGUUAUUUAUUUUAUUGUAGUUAUAAAAACCUUUGAGAUAUGGGCAUAUGUUUAAAACCGUGUAAUUACAAAAAAUGUGAAUAACUUCGAAUUCAAACCCUUAGACAGAUUUUUCUCUAACUUCAGCAAAUAAGCCUCAGAGCUCUCUCUAGUUUUGUAUCUGCGAUUUUGAAGUCACUCGCUGCACAAAUACCUGGUCAAAUUUUUAUCUUAAAAUGCAAUGCUAACACAUUUGUGAAAUUUGACUCACAAAUAGGGGAAAACUGCCGACGGACUAUUUCCUAUCUGCUAGGGUAUUGUUGCCCAAAGCUUCAGUUGCAAGAAACUGAGUGAUCAGAAACCUACGGCGAAUACAGUUCACAAUACAAGAAGAACAACUUUAAGCUGAAUGCAGGCAAGAUGAACGAACAUCUGUUUAUCAAAGUUACUACGUAUUUGUCCUUCUCUUUUAGAAAAAAUCUCAAUAAAGCAGGAUAUAGCAUCUACGAAAAUCUAGUUACCAGUUUUUAGUACCGAAGGUACCCGUCUUGAGGAGAAAUAGAGCCACCAACUCCAGUACUUCAAGCGAUCCAUUUUGAGCUGCAACGAAAGCCCAUAUAUUAGGUAAUUUAUCUAAGCUUGUAAGAUUUGCCAUCACAUUCGCACGGGCAGUUUGCCACUGGGGAUAAUGAAAAGAAUAAGACGAUUGUCAUAUUUUCUUGAUCUUUAUCCCCAAGCGGCAAACUUCCCGUGCGAAUGCGAUGUCAAGUCUAAAAAGCUUGAAUAAAUUACCGUAUGCAAGGGAUUUCAGUGCAGCUGAAAUAUGGACGGUUAGAAGUACUGGAGUUGGUGGCUUUAUUUCUCCUCACAACGGAAACCUGCGACGCUAAAAACUUUUAAGUGUUUUUCGUAGACGCUAUAUUUUGCCUUGUUAAGAUAGGUUUCGAAAAGAGAGGGUAAAAUACAAAGUAAGUUUGAUGAAUGGAAGUUCUUUAAUCUUGCUCCGUGUUCAGCAUAAAGUUGUUCUUCUUGUAUUGCGAACUGUAUUCGCCGUAGGUUUCUGAUUACUCAGUUUCUUGCAGCUAAACUUUUGGGCGAGAAUAUCAUUGCAGGUAGGAGAUAGUCCGUCGGCAGCUUUCCUCUAUUUGUGUGUCAACUUUCAUAAAUGUGUUAGCUUUGCAUUUUAAGAUUAAAUUUAACCAGGUAUUUGUGCAGCGAGUUAUACGGUCACGAUUGACUUCAAAAUUGCAGAUAUAAAACUAGAGAGCUCUGAGGUUUAUUUGCUGAAGUUAGAGAAAAAUCUGUCUUAGGGUUUCAAAGUUAUAGACAUUUUUUGUAAAAAAUACGGUUUUAAACGCAUGCCGAUAUCUCAAAGGUUUUUAUACCUACAAGAAAGUAAAUAACAGUUUCUUAAAGUUCGACUAUUCUUUAUUAAGGAAGCCAAAAAUCAUAGAAAUCGGUUAAAUUUUUCCUGCCGAAAAGCACGAUUCAAAACAUAACCAACACGCAUAUAAAUAGGUUCGGGCCACCUUAAGAGCCGUCCCGAGACAGCUGUUCUAAGCAUACAUUGAGACUAAAUACAUAAGAUAAGGAACAGGUGAAAAACAGCGCUAACCGUACAAAAAAAAAUAAGAAGAAAUUAUGAAAUUCAAAAAACUGGCAGAUCUGAGCUGCCAACAGAAAUAAAUGCGGUCAGACAGAGGCCAGAAAAGAAAACCUUUCCAAAAAUCCACGAAGGGAGAAAGUGCGGGCGGGAAAUCUGGAAAGGAACCAAGCCUAAAGCUCAAAGACGUUUCUACGGGACUUUACAAGUUAAUCGAAAUAGGCCGCUCCUAAAAUAAACAAAAAAAUUAAGAAAACCUUAGAAAGGUUGUUUCAGAAGCCGAGAUGACGUACACGCGAUAUUUAUACGUAGCCUUUUAUAUUCCCGGUAUGGAAAAGACAAGAGAAGACAAGAACUUUAUUUAUACCACACAGAAAAAAAGACAUUAGCAAAAGACGAGACUACUUAUGUAAGGUACAAGCGUCCUUUAGCUUAAAAGCUAAUCUAGCUAAGAGGCAUUAUAAAGUAAUUAAGAAUAUUUAAGAGGUUCUUUCAUGGAGGCACAAGUAGAAAACAAUGUAAAAAAAAAACAAACAAACAAACAAAUAAACAUAGAAAAGAAAAGAAAAAAACGGAUAUGUACAGAAUUGAAUCACUGAAAAAUUGAGGAACUGGAGAAAAUAUUGGAAAAGAAAGAACGUAAUAUGAACUAGCUAUAGCCCCUGACCUAACUCCUAGGUUCUGUGGUAUUUCGUGCCGUCAAAUAGUUAUUUCUUAUUCUUAGCGGGAUCAUUCGUCAUAAAUAACAUAACUUGCCACAUUUAAAACUUUGAAUAACCAUUUGUCUCUGAUUUUAUCUGCCAUUUUACUGUUGUUGUAAGUGCCAUCAAUUGAAUUAGUGUUCCCUGCAAUUGCCUUAUUUUAAAAACUGAUUUAUUCAUUCGUGGACUAGCUACCAGUCUCGAAAGCAUUGCAUUGCUAUCUCUCAUUCAAUAGAUAUAAAACUGAAAUAGAACCGAUUCAGUUUGAUAAUUCAGCAUUAAAUCUUGAUUUCCAGACAUAAACGAGUGUAACACAGGAAAACACAACUGUGACAUCGGUAGUUCAGCGUGCCAUAACACUAUAGGAUCCUUCGGAUGUGCUUGCAAGGAAGGUUAUUCUAAAAAUGGAGAAAAUACAUGUACAGGUAACACUUCAAAUCCCUUAAUUGAAACACUCAGAUAUUUUGUAGCCACGUCUCUUUCAAAUCAAUUUUCUCAGUUCCAAAGUGGUUUUUCACUAAAUUCGCCUUAAUUGAAGUCUCGUUAAUUUCCAUAAUACCUUUUACUAGUACUGAUCGCAGAACAUUAAGUUCCUUUAAUAAGUCAGGUAUAUUGUAAUUCUAAUAGGCCAUUUUCGAGUUGGCUCGAGCUUCUGUCUUAAAACGAGGCGAAGUGCGAAGCCUUUUGAUAUGAAAAUUAAUUUCAAAGGAAAAAGGUUUGAGGAUUGACCUCGUUUUGAAAUGAAAAGUGAUUGCAUGAAAUGGCUAUUAUGGUAGGCCACAGUAAUUGUUGUGAAAGAAAAAGGAAAUCAGUUUUGAUAAUUCAGUGCCUGACUUCUUUUUUGCAGAUAUAAAUGAGUGUGAAGCAGGAAAGCACAACUGUCAUGCAAACGCUAAUUGCACAAACACUAAAGGAUCCUUUGCGUGCACCUGCAAUCCAGGGUAUUCUGGGGAUGGAGUUAACUGCACAGGUGAAAACAGUACCUCGGUCUUCUUUGUAAUGAAUCUUUUUUUAAUCAACUCCAUUUAUCUCGCAUUAGAGCCAAGUUCAGCCACAAGGUAGUAUGCAGCUUAGUCCCUGGUAGUGCAGUUUGUUCUUUUAAGCUGAAUAAGUUUGGAAAUGCUCUUGCAUUAUAAAAGUUUGUGAUUUGCAGUAUCUGGAUGCAAUUUUAGCCUUACACAUCCUUGAGAUAUUUAAGUUGUUUUAUGUAUUAUUAUAUUGUGCCCAUGCAAGAUUGUCAUGUCCGAACACGCAUUCACGCUGGGUGAGCUUACUACAUUUAAUUAAAGCAGACCAAUGUACACAAUUCCGUCUUUAGAGUAUGAGCGGAAACGUGCCCUUUUUAUCCCUCAUUCUGUUGGCAAUUUUUGUUUAGAGAGGAAGUCAUUCUGUAUUCUCUAAUAUCUUGCUUCUUUAGGUCUCGCGAAUCCUCUAUCUAUACAUUUGAUGUCAUUUCUGAAUUUCUCACCUGCUCAAUAUAUAGCAAAAAUGUUUUUGCUUUUCAGUAUAGCCAGAAAUCUCUCGCUCCCUCUCUCUUCUGAUCGUACCCAAUCCUAGAAAAUAAAAGGUUAAGUAAAUCAGUUUUGAUGAUUCAGUCCUGCAUCUGAUUUGCAGACGUAAACGAGUGUAUAACAGGAGAGCACAACUGUGGCGCUAAUGCAGUCUGCAAUAACACUGAAGGAUCUUUCGAGUGCGCUUGCAAGCCAGGGUAUUCGGGGAACGGAGUUAACUGCACAGGUGAUUAUACUUCAGUAAAGACUUGGAUCGCCUUAAUGUUAAGGCUAUUAAUUCAGUAUUAUUUUGUCUGGAGUUCAUGCGUUUGA